AUGAAGCACCGCUCCGUGGUAGCAUCUUUCUUCUUCGGUCCACCGUCAUCUUCGGAAGGUAUCGCACGCAAAGUCGCGCUGUUCCGUCGCUCGCAUCAUCCUAACGUCCGGUCAUAUCAAGGCAAGCUAGCGCCAAUUUCGGGGAGCAUUGACCAUGGAGUCGACUCGUCGCCAGUCGCGGCCGCUAAGCGCGAGAUCCGCGAGGAAACGCGUCUUGAUCCAGAUCGUGAUUUAAGGCUUGACUUUGUAGGUCCACCGUUCUCCUUUGCGGACGAAGAUGCUGGACGAAGCUGGACUGUACACCCUUUCGGUUGGACAUUGCUUGCUAACGAGGAUUCAAUUGUGCUCGACUGGGAGCAUGACGAGUGGAGGUGGUAUUAUGUUGGAGCAGUGCUCGGGACUGCGGACAAGGCAGGUGGUCUACUAGAUCAAUGUGUUCCACGAAUAGAGCAAAGUCUACGGAGGGUAUACCAUGGUCCUGGAGGCAUCUUCGGCCGUGGUGGGAUCUUCCAUCCGACCAGACCUGCAGGUGAGGUAUUCUGCAAUGGAAUGAAUCUUCUUCGAGACGACCGCGAUAAUGGAGCCAGUGUGCUUGCGACCAAUGCGGUGAGAUGCUUAAAGGAGUUUGCAGAAGCAUACAUCGCCAACGAGUCAUCUAUCUAUCUAGAAGACAACAGAAGACUUGUUGGACGGCUGCGCAUAGCGGGAUACCACCUCGCGUAUAACGCUCGCCCAAGUAUGUCCGCGGCGAUUAGCUCAGCCGUCGUCGAUGCGUUAGAUGCAAUGAGCACAGCCAUGGCUCAGGAGGACAAUCGGCACUCUGCAAACAUUGUCGAAUCUCUGGCGUCAAGCGCCAGCCCACAGUCGACGCUAUCCGAGCCAGUCGUCGAGUCGUUCGAAUCAGGCAUGAGCCGAAAGGUUAGGAGGUCCGACCCAAUUGUUGAGUCUCUAGCAUCAACCAUCAGCCGACGCUCCAGGAUGUCCGAGGAGGUAUGCCAGAUCUUCACAAAAUACGUGUGUCAGCCAGACAGAUUGAAAGACGGGCACGUCGAUAUCGUCACGCUGUCAUCAUCGUCAACAAUCGAGAAAGCGUUCAUGGACCUCAUCACCACUGCAAGUGCAGGGCACUAUUUGAUCGGUAGAGCUGCAGAUCGAGCGGUGGCACUGCCAACUGUCAUCAAUAUCUCUGUUCUCGAAUCACGACCGCGUUGCGAAGGAGCUGCGCUGGCUGCCAGACUAAUUGACUUUGUUCAGCGUCUCGGACCGCAUCGAUCUACAAAUCCCAUCGACAACCAUGAUACUGGCUCUAAGCAAGCAAAGCUGACAGUGAACAUCAAGCUAGUGCCUGAUUCCCACAUCAUGGGGCUACUUCUUGCACACGAGACACAACGCUCUGGUCCAAGUGACACUUCAACACAGCAAUACCUUAUUCUCGGCGCAGAUCGCAUUAGCGAGGAUGGCAGUGUGCUGAAUAAGACCCUUUCGGCGUCCGCAGCAGUGUUAGCGAAAACGCUUUGUCCUGAUACUACUGAAGUCAUCGUCGUCAGUGACACAGAUAAGAUUGCACCUGCUUUCAUCAGUGGGAGAGCUGCUACUGCCGCCAAUCCUAGUGACUUUACUGACCAGGAGUCAAAGGCUGGUGAGCAGUCGGCAGAUAAUGCCGACGCAUACAACGGCGCUACGAACAAGGCCGCCACUCAGGAGCACACCAAUGAGCAGGGUGCUGUGUCAGAUGUGCUAGGCGCAUACGCAGCAACGGCUGGCUUCAAAGGAGCUGAUAAGGCCCUGCUUGAAGGAACGGCGGGCGUCACCCGAGCCAUUGAGGGAGUUCCUGGGCUCAACAUGAGUCUCACGGUCGAGAACUCUGUCUUCGAAUGGGUAUCGAGCAAGUACAUAGAUACCUACCUGACGGAGCACGGCGUCAUGGACAAGGCCGAGAUCCAUGAAAGGAGCAAGGCCAAAGCGACACUGGAGGCGAAAGCGUUCGAUGGGCUUUACGACGAGAUCUCGAUGAGGGCGAUGUAUUAG